GAGUCGGAGGAGGCAAGCGAAAACGAUUCGAAUCACACAUAUUUACGCUCCGGCCUAAAAUCGUCAUGUCUGGAUUCUCUGUUUACGUCGGAAACGCUCCAUUCCAAACUACCGAGGACGACCUUGGCAACUACUUCAGCCAGGCUGGAAACGUCAGCAACGUCAGAAUCGUUUGCGACCGCGAGACCGGACGUCCACGUGGAUUCGCCUUCGUCGAGUUCACCGAGGAGGCCGCUGCCCAGAGAGCCGUCGACCAAUUCAACGGAGUCGAUUUCAACGGAAGAGCUCUACGCGUCAACUUGGCUCAAAACAGAAACAACUAAUUUUCAUAUCGGUACUUUGUUACUUGUUUGAUCUUUAAUGAUCUCAAUAAUAAUAAACCCAUGAAAUCGUUAUCAUAAAUAUAUAUGCUCUAU